AUUAAAACUGCCUACUUUAUUUAAAUAAUAACUCAUUUUAGUCAAUAACAUUUUAUGAAGUUUUUCUCAUGGUCUCUUUAGUGCAGUGUAGUGUGUUUUUGAUGUCAUAUUAUUGUCACUUAGGGCAUAGGGUCUUCUGUUAUAAUUAAUACGCCUGUCGUUCUGUUAGGAUAUAUAGCUAUUUUGGUAUUUGUCUCUCUGUUUAUACUAAGUACCUAAUUUUACAAUGAAUAAUAUUUUAGUUUUUAUAUAUUGAGUUAUGAAUGAGUAGUAUAUUAAUCAAAGUAUAUGUUUUUAUAAGACAAAAAGACCCGUUCACUUUUAGUCAUUUUCAAAUCAAGCCCUUUGAAUAUAUUAAUCUAUUAUUCUUCAUGGACGUGCCUGUAUUAAGGUGUAACUUUACGUUUGCCUCACUUGGAAUUGCGAAAUUAACCAUGACUUUGUUUAAUAAGGUAUUAUCCCGUUGAUUAGCUUAAAUUGCUCUACUUUUAAACAUUAUUUGUUUUUCUGAGUAUUUUUGUGUUUUCUUCUGUAUAUGCACACACAGAAGCGAAAUAACGUUCCAGCUGGACGGUGGUGCAACAUAGAACAACAUGACAUUACACAUAUAGCAAUGUGCACACGUCUGUGCAAACGCAGAACAAAUACAAUAAACAUUAUCGUUACAAACGACAGUAAGCACAAUAAAAAGGACUGUGGAAUCUCGUUACAUCACUCUAUCCUGAAUAGCUUGCAGCAGAACAAAUAUACAGAGACAUGUAACGUGACACACAACCACGCAUGCAAUUUAGAAUUGUAAUUGACAACGAACCUUAACAUCAAAUGAAAGGAAAUUUAAGCUCAAUGGCACUUAAAUCGGGGUCACAGGCUUAAAUCACCUUCAUCGCGUUCACAUUUUCUUUCACGUGUAAUGUGUGUUAUAUUUAUUUUAAGACUUCUUACCAUGUUCAUCUGAGAUGUUGCGGUGUCCUUUAGUUUCUCCCAUCUUAAAGCUGAGAACAUCCGCGUGUAGUUCAUGUUUUGAUCUCUAAACGUCGCUGUUGGUUAGAGUGUUUGAUUCUUUCUGAAUAUACUAAAUCUGCGCCUCCCAUUUUAGUGUCUUUUGCGCAUGUCUACUCUCCCGAAAGUCCAUUUCAUUUUAUACAAAGACUAGGCUCUGCAUUCAAGCUGAACCGUUGUCUCACAUUUCUCUUUUCACUCCUUUAACAUUGGAUGAGUAACGUGAUUGUUUUUUUUAUUUAACAGUUUUGUGGACAAGAAAUAUUAAUUUUGGGAUUGAUUCUGUGACGCUUCCAUAUCGCAAUGGGAGAAAUCUCUUUUCUUGCACGCCUGUCCGGUGCUCUUCUUGUCUGCGUGCAUUUGCUCCACUGCGCAUUAGGGCAGGUCCGUUACUCCGUACAAGAGGAAAUGCCACCUGGUUCUUUCGUCGGGGACAUCUUGAAGGACCUUGGCCUGGAGUUUAAACGCUUGACAACUGGGAAGGCUCGAGUUUUCACAGCAAGUGGACGCGAGUAUGUGGGUCUGGACCGGGACAAAGGGCACAUUGUCGUGAAAGAGAGAAUGGACCGCGAAGUCCUCUGCUCUAGCGCGAUAUCUACGUGCAGCAUCAGUUUUGAGAUUAUUUUCGAAAAUCCCAUCGAGCUCUACAGGGUUACUGUGGAGAUUUUGGAUGUUAAUGAUAACAGUCCUGCGUUUCCAAAAGGAGAAAUUCAGCUGGAAAUAAGCGAGUCAGCCUCUGCUGGUGCGCGCUUUUCCGUAGAGAGUGCGGUCGACCCUGAUGUAGGAUUAAAUGGGAUUCAGAGCUACUCGAUUCACCCAACCGAUCAUUUCAGCCUGAAAACACAGAGCCGAGCAGGUAGUGGAAAAAAGGUCGAGCUUGUUCUGCAAACCCCUUUAGAUAGAGAGAAAGAGGAGCAUGUCUAUUUAACUAUAACUGCUAGUGAUGGAGGUACUCCUAAACGCUCUGGUACUGUUAAAAUUCAUGUUAUUGUUUUAGAUAUCAACGACAGUCCCCCUAUAUUCGAAAAAGAUGAUUAUAGACUGUCUGUUCCUGAAAAUACAGCAAAGGGGGCGUUGUUGCUUACGGUUAACGCUACCGAUGCAGAUACAGCCUCUAACGCCCACAUUGGCUAUUAUUUUGAACACACAACACCUAAAAUUCGAGAAUUAUUUUCAAUCGAUGCGUCUACUGGUGAAGUACGGCUUGUUGGGGAGCUUGACUUUGAAGAAGGCAGUGUUCAUGAGUUCAAAAUUCAAGCAAAAGACCAGGGUGGGUUAUCUGAUUCUUCUGAAGUGGUCAUAGAAGUGACUGACGUAAAUGACAAUGCACCAAAAAUUACGCUCAUGUCCUUUUCAAACACACUGCCUGAAAAUUCACCCCCUGGUACUGUUGUAGCAAUGAUCAAUGUGCAGGAUAGUGACUCUGAGGAGAACGGAAAGGUCACCUGUUUAAUAGACAGAAGCCUUCCUUUCAGGACUGAAUCCUCACUGAACAAUUACUACAGCAUAGUGACAGACUCCAGCCUAGAUAGGGAGCAAAUGGCAGAAUAUAACAUUACCAUUACGGCAAAAGACGGUGGUCAGCCACCUUUGUUUAAUACAAAAACACUGUUGGUGAAAAUUUCUGACAUUAAUGACCAUUUACCUCAGUUCGAGCAUGAAUCAUAUAACGCGUACAUAACUGAGAAUAACUCUCCCUCCUUGUCUUUGCUCAGCGUAAAGGCGAAUGACGCCGAUUUGGGGGCGAAUGCGCGUAUUUCUUACUUCCUUGAGGAUAAAGAUUUGAACGGCGCGCUAGCAUCGACUCUAGUGUCGAUUGAUUCGGUAAGUGGGAUGCUUUACGCCCUGAAAUCAUUUGACUACGAACAAGUAAAGUCUUUUAGCAUCACUGUCAAAGCGCAAGAUGGUGGCUCUCCUCCUCUGAGCACCAACACAACAGUGAACUUUAUUAUUCAGGACCAGAACGACAACGCGCCUCAGGUUCUGUAUCCAGUGCAGACUGGUGGCUCUUUGGUGGCUGAAAUGGUGCCUCGUUCAGCAGAGGUGGGCUAUCUCGUGACCAAAGUGGUGGCUGUUGAUGUGGACUCUGGACAGAAUGCCUGGCUCUCAUAUAAAUGGCAGAAAGCUACAGACAGGGCGCUGUUUGAAGUGGGCUUACAGAAUGGAGAAAUAAGGACUGUGCGCCAGGUUACCGAUAAAGAUGCUGUGAAGCAGAAGCUCACUGUUGUAGUGGAGGACAACGGACAGCCCUCUCGUUCAGCUACAGUCAAUAUUAACGUGGCGGUGGCGGACAGUUUCCCUGAAGUGCUCUCGGAGUUCACUGACUUUACGCACGACAAGGAUUACAACGAUAACCUUACUUUUUAUCUAGUCUUGGCCUUGGCUGUAGUUUCCUUUCUGUUUAUCGUGUCAAUAAUAGCUAUACUAUCAGUCAAAUGCUACAGAUGGAGACAUGAGAGGAUGUUUUACAAAUCCGGUGCCAAUCUGCCAGUUAUUCCGUAUUAUCCACCCCUUUACGCGGAUGUAGGGGGAACAGGAACUUUACAGCAUGUGUAUAAUUAUGAACUUUGUGGGACAGCUGACUCCAGAAAAAGCGACAUAAAAUUCGUACCUUCCUCCAGUCAGAGUGUUUUGAGUGUGGACCUUGGUGGCAUUAAAACUGCACCUAGACAAAACAAACACACGGUUGACCCGGAUGUUGAUAUUGAGCAAAAACCCCCUAACACUGACUGGCGUUUUACCCAGAACCAGCGGCCCGGACCCAGCGGUCACUACUUGUUCCAGUCCAGCCCCCCAAGAUGGACAUCGUCCCGCAGGCUGAGAGCUGCUGCCACCCCAGAGGUUGCUGUGGGAACAGGACCCUGGCCCAACCCCCCCACUGAAGCCGAGCAGCUCCAGGCUCUUAUGGCCGCCGCCAAUGAAGUGAGUGAGGCUACCAACACUCUGGGUCCGGGCACCAUGGGCUUGAGCACCCGCUACAGCCCGCAGUUCACCCUGCAGCACGUCCCCGACUACCGUCAGAAUGUCUACAUCCCCGGCAGCACGGCUACGCUCACUGCCAACCCCCAGCAGCCCCAGCAGGCCCUGCCCCCGCCUCAGGUCUCUGCCGCCCAGCCUGAACCACCAAAGGCCCAGACACCUGCCAGCAAGAAGAAGUCCACCAAGAAGGAGAAGAAGUAAAGAUUGAGAAUGAGACAGAGGGGUGGUGCUGGAUGAGGUAGACAGUGAGGAUGGAAGGAGGUAGACAUAAGAAAGCAGAUAAGAAUGGAUAGAUGGAUGGAAAUAUACCUAGAGAGAGAAAAAGAAAGAGGUGAGUUAGGGAAGAACAUAGCUUACUCUUCUCUUGCUGCUUCAGAGAUUGGUGAGCUUUGGUGCACUGAACUUUAAAGGAUGUGGAAAAAAUGAGAAGAAGGAAGUGAGGAAACAUCAGUGUAUCAAUGUGCACCUUCCUCUGGAGUUCUUUUGUCUUCUUUAUUAUUUUGAUUUUUGGUUUUGAAACACUUUUUUUUUGUUGUUACUCUCUUGACUUCUGACUGUGGUGGGUGUGUGCAAGAAAGACAGCCCACCGUCUGUUCCAGUCCUAGCUUUCAUUCACUGUAUUCCCUGUAUUAUACCACGGCUGAUUAUACAGUAUGUGUUGCGUAUGAUAGGAUAAUUUUUCACACAGAGAUUUAAUCACAGUUCCAUUAGACCUCUGGUCUAGCUGAAUGUUUUAGAAGUUGGGAGAGAUUUUACUUUUUUUUUUUUUGUUGUUGGCUUUGUUUUGUUUGCUGUUUCGUUUUGAAGGACAAUACUUUGACGUGUAUGGCAUCAUCAGGUGUAUAACACAGUGCUUUUGUGAUGGUGAUCUUGCUUUUACUUCUUCACUCUGAGGGAGAGGGUUAACCUGUGGUGAUCAUCAUGUUGAAAAUGACUUAUGAUAGUAAUGAUUAUAUUGAUGAUAAUUUGAUUUGAUGCUUUGAGUUUUUGUUUUUCUUCUUUUUUUAUAUCCUGUGCUGCAUUUCCUGGCCUUACCCAGAAGAAAAGUGUUGAUUUUUGUAAUAUAUCACUUUGAUGUUUGAUUUGAUUCUGAUGUUUGACACUUUUCUUUCUUCUUCCUCAAAUCGUUUCCUUUUCAGGUAAAUAAAUAGCUGUUGCUGUGCCUAGGCUACCACUGAUGGAAUACAUGAAAUCUAAAAUCUAACAAAGUAUGUGAGGGUUCAGCUUUUAAGGAAUAUAAUACAGGUAAUCCUUUUUUUUUUUGCAUGACGCAUUUUAGCCAAACAUCUUAUAAAUCUAAAGCUAAAACUAGGAGUAACUAUGCAUUGCUUGACAGAGAAGAACCCCUUGAGAUCAACUCCAUUUGUAGCAUCAAUUGGAUGUUAGAAUGAGAAGAUGAAUAAUUGCUCUUUUCUAAACGAUCCAUUGUGUCCUUUUUUCUUUUUUUCUUUAGUUUUUGAGCUUGACUCACUUCUCCAUUAGUGAGUUAGGAAGUUUUUUUAAAUAAUUUCAAAAGCUCUUCAAAUUGUGCUUUCACCAGCCCAGUGCAUGCGUAACUUCUAGCCUUGUGGCAUGCUAUGUGUUCAGAGCCAAACACGAUACAUGUACUGUAACAGAGAAAGAGAGACUGUAUCAUUAAUUACAUCAUAACAUUAAUUACCAGCUGCCUGAGAGUACAGUAGAGCCAAAAUAAGAUCUUUCAGAAACACUGGAAGUGUUUCGCUUUGACACCAUAAAGUGUUCAAUUGUUGUUCUGAGCCCUACAAGAGUCUCCUAAAAGUAUCUUUAUCUUAAAUAGAUCAUCUUAACUGGUGUAGAGAGAGUGAGUGUACAGUGUGAUGCUCACCUAACAAUUUAAGAACAGUCUUUUGGUUGUUUAAGUUAAGAUACUUUCAGGAACCUCAGUUCAGAAUGAUGAUUCAGAAUUUAGUGACCCAACAAUCAACAGUAAGCAACAGCAAGCUCAGUCCUAAAGCCACAAUCAUGGAAGUGCCACUGAGAAGGGGCAAAUAGGACAUUCAGUCCAGUUCCCAAAGCUCCACUCAGCUGGAAAUCCUGAUCAUUUACCCCAUACCUCCCAUCCGUCCACUCAAUGCUAAAAAAUCAUGACCUGUUGUAAAUAGAUAUCAGUCAGUAUACAGAGUAAGAUGCGUUCACUAAGAAAAGUAUCCAAUAAGAUUUCUAAGCCUGGAACACAGGCUUACUACUGGAAUGUGUUGCAUUACUUUUGUUUUUUUUAUAGUAAAAUGAUGGGGAAAAAAACAAACAAACAAACAAAAUAACUAAAAAAAACAAUGUUCUCAGAGAUGUGUUGCAGAAGUAGUACUUUAGCACAUGAAGGCCAACACUAACUCGAUUGUAAAUAGAGAGAUUAACUUCUAAGGAUUUAAAAGAAAGUGGCACACACGUAGUCUAGAAACUUGUGAAGUUUUUUGCAUAUAUUUUUGUGUUCACAUUUUCUUUUCUCCUACUUUCUUCUCCGAUCGAUCACUCCUAAAUGCAUAGACGCAAAAAUAACAAACCUCCUAACUUCCUGUAGCCUUUCCUUUUCCUUUGUGAUUUCUAUUGUGCAUAUGUGCUAGACUGCUUCCUAAUGUCUAUAUGAAGAAACAAAUAUAAAUAUUAUCUAUGUGUGUGUGUCUCUGCCAAUGCCGUAAUGCUCUGUAUCCCACUGUAACAUCCCUCUUAUUAAAUGCUAAGACUCCCCCUCCCCCUUCUCCUCAGUGUUACACUUAUUUUAUAUGCUAAUAUUUAUAUUGCUGUUUUAUUUUCUCUUGAACACUGACAUUUCAAAUAAAAAGUUAUGAAAUCAUUAA